GCCGGUGCCAUGGCAACGCAAACGGCCUGCGGGACGAAACAAAGCCAGGCUAGAGUUGUUUUGAAUUCCAGCCGGAUUUAGAUAAUGAAUGCCAGCUGGGUUUAGGUGAAGCCUGCGGUGACCAAAUGGACCGAUGGCUCCUUGGACUUAUCUACAAGAGCAGAUGGAGCUGAGCUGGAACCAGAGCAACUCUGUUCCAGACUAUUCAGAUGAUACAUUCACAUCCUUCAGCGAAGAAGAAACCUGCAGAGACUAUGACAAUGACCCAUUUGUGUCUUAUUCCUCCGGAGAGGACUCGAAAUGGCCUGCUGAGUCGGAUCUGUCUGAAAGCACAUGGCAGUCAUUGAAUCCAAAUGACAAAGUAGUAGAAAAGGUGGAAUUUUUGGAUCUGACAGCGGCAGAGGAGCAGUUAACUAACAGAUGGAUCAGUCUUCUGAACACCAACAGAACCACUGCUGCAGUAGCCAGAUCUGCUGUUAAACCACCUAAUGGUGCAGCACCGACACGGAUUCCUGAGGGAUCUGAGGAAGGACUGGGCGCUCUCCGGUCUUUUUGCGCCACCAAGAUUAACCGGAUCUGUCAUCCGCCAACUUUGGCACCAAAGAAGAGGAACAAGCAUCAUGAUCAGAGGCACGGACGCACUUCAGAAAAGCCUCUGAUGUCCGAUGUGAACUGCUUUGCCCUUGAUCAGUUAGUGAACAGACUCCAUCUGAGAAAUAUCAAGGAGACUAUGAAGCAGUUAGCGGAAAUGGAAAUACAUCAACCCUCGCGGUGUCCCCAUUGCACCAAGAAGAAAGCGGAGUUGGCGAAAUCUGCUUUUCUCAGACGAAGAAAGGCCUUGAUGGAAGGGGCUUUGCUCCAAGAGAAGCUGGAAGAACAGAUGUACACCAGAGAUCCGCUCACCCUCAUUGGAGAAAUACACCAAACGCUUCCCAAGCUUUCAGAAGAUCCAAGAAACGUUUGGCAGGAACUGAACAAGAGAGCCGUGCAAGGAAAGUGUGAUGCCUCCUAGUUGUCUGUGGGACGUCAAUCCAAGCAGAACAAAUAGGCUGAAUCCAUGCAAACCUAUCCACGAAGGGGAAUAAAGCCUUUGUGAUACUGGCAAGCGGCUGUUCUCUGGGUACAUCCAUGUUGCACCGUUGGGUCUGGUGCCGUGUUGCAGUUCUUCAUCCUGUCCCAGUGCAAAAAAAAACCCUUAAUGCAAUAUGUAACCUUUCUCUUUCACCUCAAAUUACGGAAAGGGACUAUUAUUAUUAUUAUUAUUCUGGCAAGGUGCCAGUAUUGUUUUUUUGUCAAUUUCCUUUUGUGACCCGAGAGCCGCUCGCAGCUGCUGCUUUCCACCUGUAAGGAAAACGAAUGGUUCUGUUUUUCAAACCAAGGAGGUGUAAUGAUUGGGUUUUUCGGCUGCACCGGCGCCUGCUGCCGCUUGUUAAAUUGAAAGCCCGGUAGAUGAAAAAGGGUAAGGAUGGGGAGCGAGGAACGGCAGAAGGGGUAAAAUAGAGUGUUUGAGACUGCUGCAAACAAUGACAAAUAUGUAUUGGAAUUAAUCCGUAACCCUGAGGAUCCCAAGGCACCAAGCGGUGAUAUUAAAUUAGGAAUGUCACUUUGUGGAUGCUGGAGCAAGAAGAGAAUUGAAGCAGCUGACGGAACUGUAAUAAAAAUGUCCAAACGCUCUUCUUGCGUUUGCUAUUUGGAUGUCGAUGACUGGUUUGGGGGAGUUAUACCCUACAAAGUUUAUGAUGAUAUAUAUCUAUAUCUGUAUCUAGAUAGAUAGAUAGAUAUAAAUAUAUCAUUUAUAUUGCAUUUAUA